AUGGCCUCACUUUCUGCAGUCUCAGGCUGGCCGGGGUUUCUCCCUGACUGGUCUAAUCUCAAUGUCUUGCACCGCAAUACCCUACCCCCUCGAGCACACUUCUACUCAUACCCCAAUGAGGAAACAGCCCUCACAUUCGACCGCGAGGAGAGCUUUUUCCAGAGUUUGAACGGCACCUGGAAGUUUCACUACGAUGCGUCGCCUUUCGAAGCUCCUCUUUGGGACACGGCCAACACUACGGAGUGGGAUGAUAUUGUCGUUCCCGGUGUGUGGCAGAUGCAGGGAUAUGGACGCCCGCAGUACACCAACAUUGUCUACCCCUUCCCGGUUACUCCGCCAAAUGUUUCGUAUGUGAACCCCACGGGCUCGUACUGGCGAGAGUUCGAGAUCCCGGAGGGAUGGAAUGGGCAGCAAAUCCGCCUACGUUACGAGGGUGUGGAUAGCGCUUUUCAUGUUUGGGUAAAUGGCGAAGAGGUCGGUUACAGCCAGGGUAGCCGCAACCCCAGCGAGUUUGACAUCACCGAUUACCUCUCUUCGGAAGGCACAAACACUCUCGCUACACGCGUAUACCAGUGGUCUGAUGGCACGUAUCUUGAGGACCAGGACCAAUGGUGGCUCUCUGGUAUAUUUAGAGACGUAUAUUUGACCGCGUUCGAAAGCUCUGCGAUCACGGACUUUUUCAUCAAACCAGAAGUCGAUGACGGAUUUGCUAGCGGUACGCUGAAGGUCAAUGUUACCAUUCAGGGUGAGCACGGUGACCUGGGCGUCAAAGUUUUGUCUCCUGCUGGCGAUGUGCUUGACGAAUGGACUGGCUCUUCUUCUACCAUCUAUUCUAGGGAUAUAGAAGGCGAAGAUUUUCUACUCUGGUCCGCCGAGACGCCGAACCUGUAUACCGUCCUCAUUGAGUUCAACGGCCGCACCAUCAGCCAGAAGGUCGGGUUCCGCCGCGUGGAAAUAAGCGGCUCCAACUUCCUUGUCAACGGCGAACCAAUCAUCAUCUACGGUGUCAACCGCCAUGAACAUAACUACACAUCUGGUCGGACAGUUCCCUACGAGUCGAUGCGCGCGGACCUGAUCCUGAUGAAGCAGUCCAAUAUUAACGCCAUUCGAACUGCCCACUACCCUCAGCACCCGUCAUUCUACGAUGUCGCCGAUGAGUUAGGCUUCUAUGUUAUAACUGAAGCGGACAUUGAGUGUCACGGCUUUCUUACUAUCGAAGGGACCGAAGAGAAAGCCGCUGCUUGGACAUCUGAUAAUCCGGAAUGGACUCAUGCAUACCUUGACAGGGCGGAGCAGCUUGUGGAGCGUUACAAGAAUCAUGCGUCAGUCAUCAUGUGGUCGCUUGGAAACGAGUGCCAAUACGGCCAAAACCAGGCGGCCAUGUAUAAAUGGAUCAAGGAACGGGACCCCUCACGGAUCAUUCACUAUGAACAGGACCAUGAUGCAGAAUCGGCCGAUAUUUAUAGCCAGAUGUAUUCCUCACCCGAUACGAUGCUGGAACACAUGGGAAAUCACACGGACAAACCUCUUAUUCUUUGCGAGUUUGCACACGCAAUGGGAAACGGCCCUGGUGGUCUGAAAGAAUACAUCGCGCUGUUUCGGUCACACCCACUCUCCCAAGGAGGACUUGUCUGGGAGUUCAAUAACCAUGGCUUGCUGAAAAAGGAGGGCGAUCUUGAAUAUUACGCAUAUGGUGGUGACUUUGGUGACGAACCAAACGAUGCAGACUUCGUAAUGGAUGGCUUGACUCUCUCAGACCAUACCCCAAUGCCCAGUCUACUCGAAUAUGCAAAGAUCAUUCAGCCCGUCUCCGUGAGUCUGGCGAACGACUCAACCAGCAUGGUCGUAACAAACCACUACGCCUUCGUCGACCUCAGCGGACUCGAUGCUUCAUGGCACACCGUGCAAGAUGGCAAGACAACGGAGUCGCAAGAGUUGGAUCUACCGCGCGUCCCUGCCGGCGAGAACCGCACCGUGGAACUACCGCUAGACCCAUCAAACCUGUCGAGAGAGACCUGGCUCACCGUUGAAUUCAAGCUGAAGGAAGACAAGGUUUGGGCAGACAAGGGCCACGUCGUUGCCUGGGACCAGCUAUAUCUUCCCGGCUCUUCUUCUUCCAAUUCUUCGACGAAGCGCUCCCCGCCUGUCGCCCGCCAGGCUUCUGAAGGCCUAGAAGUCGAGCAAAACAGAACAAGACUUCAAAUCACCGCCGGCACCUCAACCAUCGGCUUUGACUUGUUGCAAGGAAACGUCACUUGGGAAGCCGACGGAGAAAGUCUCUUCCAGCGUGGGCCCGAACUCUCCUUCAUCCGAGCUAUGACCCAAAACGAUGAAGGCCAGUCCGGCAACGAAGCCGAGUGGGACGACGCCUGGGUUGAAACAAUGCACACCCAAGUCCGCGACGUCACCUGGAGCAGCACCGACACCGAAGCAACGGUGCACUUCAAGGUGCGUGUCGCGCCGCAGGUCCUGGAAUGGGGCGUGGAGGCAGACCUCGUCUACACCAUUUCCACAGGGGACUCCGAACCAACCCUCCACAUCCACGCCACCGGCGAGUUCGUAGGAACAAACACCCCGGACGUCGUCCCGCGCAUCGGCCUGCAAACCAUCCUUUCAUCCUCCUUCAACCAAGUCCGCUGGUUCGGCCGCGGCCCCGGCGAGAACUACAAGGACUCGAAGCAGGCAUGCCGCAUCGGCGAAUACUCCGCGACCGUGGAAGAGCUUUUCACGCACUACGACUACCCCCAGGAAAACGGUAACCGCGAAGACCUGCGGUGGCUGCAGAUCGAGGACGCCGAGAGCGGGGUGAGUCUGGAUGCGCGCCGCGCGGACGCAGGCGAAGUCUUCAGCUUCACGGCGUCGCAGUACAUGCCCAUUGACCUGAACAACGCGAAGCACCCGUUCGAUCUGGAGCCGCUGGAUAUGACGAUUCUUUGGCUGGACUACGAUAACCAUGGACUUGGCUCUGCGAGUGUUGGGCCCCAGCCGUUUGAGCAGUACCGAUGCAAGACGGAGCCAUUUGACUUCGCUUUUGAGCUUAGUCUUCGGUCUUGA